AUGGAUACGCAGGCUGGCACGAAACGCGCGACGACAGGGGGUCGAACGGAGGGUGAGACCAACGGACGGAAAGAGGAACAGACCUGGACGCAGGAACCGGGCAGAGAGAGGGGUGCCGAGGGCUGCACGAAGGGCGAAGAGCUAGCCGCCGCCGGGCUUGCCGAGGACGCCUCGAACAAAAGGGGUUGCAAAUCGGCCGCGCAAGUGUGGAUGUCCUUGUUGUCCCUCUGCGAUCGGAUGUGCGGCUCCGCCGCGUGGCUCGUCCUCUUCACAUGCCUCCACGGGGAGGGCCGGGGGGAAGUGACAGACAUAAGCGCAAGUCCUGGGAGGCAAGCACCUGCCAACCAGUUGCGCCCCAAGGAACCACCCCCCAUGGUCAUUCAAGGAGAUUUCAGAAAGGUGAGUGGGAUCAGCACGGAGAUCUUCAAGCAGAUCGAGACCGUCGAGAACGAUCAUGACGCCUCGACAGCAGCGGCCCUCGAAGCUGUCGAACGAAGGGGUGAGAUGGUCGUUCGAGUCAUCGAGCCACGACAAAUGGGCAGGCAAGCGUCCGAUGCUGCGAAGAAGUUCAUCCUUAUGCAGGAUCCGAGGCACCCCAUCCACUUUGUCGAGAUAAUCAAAAGGCCAGGACAGACGCUCGGGCUCUACAUACGCGAGGGUAAUGGCGUCGACAGGAACGACGGUGUCUUUAUCUCGAGGAUAGCCCUGGAGACCGCCGUCUACAACAGCGGCUGCUUAAAGGUGGGUGACGAGAUCCUCGCGGUGAAUUUAGUCGAUGUGACGCACAUGAGUCUGGACGACGUGGUGAUCAUCAUGUCGAUACCCAGGAGGCUCGUUUUGGUGACGAGACACGGCCAGCAUCAGCCGAUCUCUCAUAGUCGUCAAACGGAGCACAAGGCGCCGCCAGUCGUCGUGAUCAAGAGGGAGUUGAACGAGGACGAGAGCGAUCAUGCAACGAGUAAUCACGUCAGAGACAGUAAUCGUAAGCGUGGCGAUGGUCGUGAAAUGCUGCCAUCCAGGUCGAAAUUGGGCUUGACGGGUCUAGGAUCUAGUCAGGAUCUAGGAUCCAGCAACGGUGAUUUGUAUUACAAUUCUAGACCGGAAGGGCACUGGUCUUAUCAGCCACCGCCGCCUCCAGUUAUCACGCACCAACCGAAACCAUCCGCGACGCAACACUUUCAACCGUACGAGCGCGGAUAUCCAAAAACGUUGGAGAGUUUGGCUGAAAAAGAUUUCACAAAGGUACACUCUUUCUACACGGGGCCAGUAAUGCCCUCGAAUGGUGGUCGUCGAAUGUCCACGGGCGCGGGAAUGCAACCGAUCGGUAGCAGAUUGUCUGGACAGACUCAGUCGUCGCAUUACGGAUACGGUCAGCAUUCUAGCAGUGGUAGAAUCAUGCCUAGAAGUGGCUCGGAUCAACAUUUGCCCCGCGUCGAUUAUACGAGCAUCACCACGCCGGCUCGACACACUCUUCUCAGAUCCAGCUUGAAAUCAGGCACGCCAGUAUUGAGAUACAACACGAGGUACGCCUCCCAGGGCGACACUACAUCGUCCACUCAGAGGCAAGGUCAGUUUGGAACCUUGACGCGGAGGCAUCGGCCGUCAUUAGAUUAUGCAUCAGAUACCGAAGCAACGUGUUCCAGUUCACCUAAGUCGGCGUAUUAUUACUACAGGCACAACAUGAACAAUCCGCCGCAAAGCAGUGCUGUCUCGCACUUGGCGACGCUCUCGAGGUCGCAAAUUGGUCAGAGUUCCUCCGGUUUAAGAUCGAAUUCGUUGCCGCGAAGUAGCAGAACGUUGCCUCAGCAGCCUGGUCUUAGAUCUGGACUUAGCACAGUAGCAUCCGGACUGAUCGAUCAAGAAGACAGUGAUGGAGCACUAUCAGCACCUGAAUUACCUUCCAUCAGGCGUGACAGAGGAAGAAUACCAUCAUCACCUAGUGUGUUCACAUCGGACGAGUAUCGAGCAUGGUUGAGUCGAACGCCAAGCACCAGUGCAUUGUAUGAACAAAUCAGAGCGACGACAAGUAGACCACCGCGUUAUACCUACAGCGCGGAGAACAUUCAUGCAGCUGCCAAUCAAGGCGAUUACGGUAGCUACGGUACGUAUAGACCGCUUUCAAGUACGCUGGAUCGGCUCUCAACAAGAUCAGCCUCGGCACAAACAGUAAAUCUAGUCAAUUUGAGAGCAUCAACGGCCAUCAGUUCAACCUGCCAUCGCGGAACGACGAAUCCAAGACCGGCCUCGGUUGCGUCGAGCGCGCGCACAUCCCUGACGAGUCAGAAACCGUCUUUGAGCAACUCGACUGCUCAAAGAGCCACGUCGGUCAGAAGAAUCAGAAACCUGCUGGACCUGGAGUCAACUAGAAGCAUACCCACACCUACGCCUACCAGAACUCAGGAUCAAAGACUGCUAGAUAUUAAUCCUGCAGAGUUCCUCAAGUAUAAAAUAGAGAAGCCGCCGACUGUAGGGACUCCGAAUUCGACUAGUUCUCUCUUGAGUUCGCUCGGAGAAUCCAACAGUGGCGACCUGUCAGGUGGGGUCAGCGGACUGCUCUUCGUCCACCUUCUGGCAGGACGUGGCCUUCGGUCGACGACAUCCUCGUCGGCAGCUACCACGCCCUCUACGCCAUCGGGUCAGCCUAAUUUAGCUAGUUGUGGCUUGAGGGACCUGUACUGCGUGCUGGAGUGCGACAGGGUGCACAAAGCGAGGACAGUGGUGCGAACCGGUGACCUGAUGUUCGACUGGGACGAGACCUUCGAGCUGGACCUCGUUGGCAACCGGCAGUUAGAUCUGCUCGUCUAUUCCUGGGACCCACAGUACAGGCAUAAACUCUGUUACAAGGGGUCUGUGCAUCUAGCUACUCUUCUCAAAGAAUCACCGGUUCACCAAUUGGCUGUCAAGGUCGAACCACGUGGCACAAUCUAUUUAAGACUGCGGUAUACCGAUGCUCAGCAAACCUUUCGAAGAAGGGGACUUCCGGUAAUAUCUUUGGCUACCAGAGCUGCACCUCUCUUCGGAGUCGAUCUUGACACUGUGGUAAGUCGAGAAAGUAAGACUGGCGGAGUUCCUGGGGGCGUUUCUACUGCCCUAGCAAUGGGCGUACCAAACGUUCCCAUAAUCGUCUGGCGCUGCGUAGAAGAAGUUGAAAGAAGGGGUCUUGAUAUCAUCGGUUUGUAUAGACUUUGUGGAUCAGCGUCGAAGAAGAGGAUACUUAGGGAAGCUUUCGAGAGAAACGCGCGUUCGGUGAACCUGUCGCCUGACAAUGUACCGGAUAUUAACGUCAUUACAGGCGUAUUAAAGGAUUACUUACGAGAACUUCCAGAACCACUUUUCACAAAGUGCCUCUACCAAAUGAUGGUCGACGCACUGACUGUCUGUAUACCGGAUGAUCCGCAGGGCAACGCUAAACUCAUGUUCAGUAUACUCAACUGUUUACCGAAAGUGAACAGGUGUACGAUAAUUUACUUGCUGGAUCAUCUGGCAAUGGUGGUGUCACAGUGCAACAAAAUGUCACCGGCAAGCCUAGCAGUCUGCUUUGGACCAGUUUUGAUGUUAUACUCGGAGGAGAACAGACCUCCCCUUGACUUCCAACAGCCAAUCGCAGUUCUUAAAUACCUCCUCGAGAUAUGGCCAGUUAAGUCAGUUCGGAAGAUUUCUUCAGUCGCUUCAGCGCUUCCUCGAGUUACGCCAGCAGUCGAGCACAACAGUCAGCAGCAACUGCAGCAGCAGCCGCAGCAACAAAUGCAGCAGCAGCUGCAGGGAACAUUGGGACGCACAGGGCUGCCCUGGCAGCAGCAACACUCACUUCAUCAACAGUCUCCAACUACGGUACCCGCAGCCCUCGCACCCUCCACUCGUCCUCCGCCACCGGUCAAACCUCGACAGGUGAUAGUCUCGUCUCCCGGUUCACCUAGCAGUGAGGAGUCGGAAGCUUCGCCAGAGCCAAUUAACAAGAGCCUCCUGGGCGGCUUGGGACUCGAGAAAGGCAACGAAGGGGCCACAGCUGACUCGACCGGCCCUGGAACAGAACAAAUCACACCAACAAGCAGCGUCGACACCGAAGAGGGAAAUACAACGCAUCCGGAAGAAGGCGAGAUGGGCGUCGAAGGCGAUGCCGAGGCCAGCGACGAUGAUCGACACCAGCACAUACCCAAGACGCAUUAG